UACACCCAGGCGCUGUCUCAGUUCGUCGGCUUUCUUUCCUGCCCGAGCUGAGAUUUCAUACAAGCCCAAGAACCGGACAGCACAGGAGACGCCAAAACCCUCCAUCCGCACCACACUCGCAACGCAUUUAGCACUCGUAGCGUUAAAUCCACUCCUGCGGGUGUAGUACGUCCUAUAUAUCCUUACAAAUCACAGAAAAAUGUCUUGGCAAAGCUACGUGGAUAACCUGAUGGCCGAUGGCAGCUGCCAGGAUUCCGCCAUUGUUGGCUACACGGACGCCAAAUACGUUUGGGCAUCGUCAGAGGGUGGUACUUUUAGCGGUAUAACGCCUGAUGAAAUCGAUGUGAUCGUUGGCAAAGACCGAGAGGGCUUCUUUACCAGUGGGCUGACUCUAGGGAAAAAGAAGUGCUCUGUGAUCAGAGACAGCCUUCAUUUGGAAGGGGACUGGACAAUGGACAUCAGGACAAAGAGUCAUAAUGGAGAGCCGACGUACAAUGUUUCCAUAGGCAGAGCUGGCAAAGUAUUGGUUUUAGUCAUGGGAAAGGAAGGUACCCACGGAGGAUCGCUCAACAAGAAAGCAUUUGGCAUGGCUGAGUACCUGAGGAAAGUUGGAUACUAAAGCAGCCCCUUUCCAUCCAUCUACACAGCAGCUCACUUUAAUACACCGCACCAAAAACCCACCCACCCUUACCCCCCUCCCUCAUCCUUACCCCCUUGUCAACUUGACAUCACUACCAGAAACCGUUAAUAGAUGCAUUGUCUCUCUCCAAAUCUAUCUGUUCACUUUAUUUUGUUUUUUAUAUAUGAAGCUGCUUUUUCUUUUUUUUUUUUGGUUUGUUUAAUGCUCCAUGUUCUUUUAUUUUCCAAGUUAUGACAUCUUAAUUGUGCCACAGUAAAUCCAGCAUAUUGGUUUUAUAAAGGUUCGAUCUAAAAAAUAAAAAAAACUACUGUACAUAGCAUAAACCUAAAAUGAAGAAUAAAAAAAGGACCCCGAAUUUGUAUAAAUUCGUCACUAAAUGAAGAAUCACUACAUAGUCCAAUUUUUUCCUUGGGCACUGCUAAUGAACCAGCUUAAGAUAGAUGGAUGCCUCAAGUGCUUUGAGCCCUUGCUGAGCUCUCAUGGUCUUCCUUGUAUACAGCAUGUCCAGGAUGGAAAAAGUGCAUGCAUAUCUUUUAGGUCAAUAUCAUUGUUUUCCGGUAACUUAACACCACCUUGUCUCAGCAUUGAGAAUGACAUCUGAAGUUAACUAGUCACUUAACACUUUUUGGUUUUUGCUUUCGGUUUGAUUCUAAAUUGAGUUAGGACCACCUCGGCCCUCGUGACCUGCACCACCUUUGCCCGGCCACCUUUUUUAGUUUGACUACCUUAUAUCAAAUGCUUUUGCUGUUGUAUUUGGAUGUGGUCAUGUAAAUCAUUGGUCUAAUGUUGGAAUAUUUCAAGUGUGGUGGCAGAUCAGCAUUUACAAGGUUUUGGUUAAGUUGUUCCCCAAGAGCCUUUGCAUCCCGGACUCUGUAUGGACAUUCCAUCACUACAAUACUGAGGCACUUAUAAUUGUUUGCCAGCUCCUUUAAAAAAAAAAAAAAAAAAUUUUUUUUUUGCCCUUUUAUUUUUUAAGAAAAAAGUGCUGCCAUCCCAAUGUAACUCUUUGGGUUUUGUCCAUUUCACUUUGGAUUCUCCAAUAGGACCAAUGUUUUGUUGCAUCUGAAACGAUUAAUGGAAUUGCUCCAAACUAUUGUUGUGAAGGAUGACUGCUAGCUUCAUCUGUUGCUGACUUUAUAACACUACAUUUUCAACACUUCAGAUACACCAAUGUAACACCAAGCUCAUUACUAUUAAACUAUUAAUAACUUAACAGUUUGAAAUAAAAAUCAAAUGUAUGAUAACUACCUGAGAAUUUUUCUCAUGAAUGUCUUGAAUAGAUGAAAUGGCAGUCUUAUUGUUAAUAUCAGUCACCUUGAAAUUCUAUAUGCUUUUAAUCUGUUAUUUUCAAGAAUGAAACCAUUUGGAAGUCAUUGCCUUGUAAACUAAAUCACAAUGUAUCAAACUGUCAUAGCACGGUACAAAUGAUUCAUUAAAUAGACAAAAAAAAAAAAAAAAAAAAAA